GUAACCUAACCGUGCAAGGAGAGGUGUACAUCCUGAACUGUGCUCGUCGUAAUUUGACCUCAACGAAGGCGACGUACUGUUAGUUUUUAUCUUCGCUGUACACUGAUUACAACUAUUUAAACAGGACGAUAGCUCUUGACCAUGCAUCUAAGAGCAAGCCGCCAGACAUGCUCCACGGCACGUAAUGGAGGAGCAGCUGGCUGCCGCGUGCGAGCGUCUGUGGUAGUCCGAGCCCACGCUGCACAGCCGCCGCAUGUGGAGUCCAUCAGCGGCGUCCGGCCGGAGGUGGUGGCGGCCAUUGAGCAGGCCCGCACCAACUGCCUAACGGCCACCGACCUGCCGCUGCCCAACCGCCGCCAGGGCAAGGUUCGCGACACGUACGACCUGGGUGAGCAGGUGGUGAUCGUCACCACCGACCGCCAGUCCGCAUUCGACCGGCUGCUGGCAUCCGUGCCGUUCAAGGGGCAGGUGCUCAACCAGACGUCCGCCUGGUGGUUCGGCGCCACCUCCCACAUCGUGCCCUCCGCGCUGCUGGCCACCCCCGACCCCAACGUGGCGCUCAUGCGCAAGUGCGCGGUGUUCCCAGUGGAGUUCGUGUGCAGGGGCUUCAUGACGGGCUCCACCGACACCAGCCUGUGGACGCACUACAAGGCGGGCGCGCGCAGCUACUGCGGCAACUCCUUCCCCGACGGCAUGCGCAAGAACGAGCGGCUGGCGGCCAACGUCAUCACGCCCACCACCAAGGCGGAGGACCACGACGUGCCCAUCAGCCCCGCGGAGAUUGUGGCGCAGGGGCUCAUGACGCAGCAGGAGUGGGACGAGGUCAGCUCCGCUGCUCUGCGGCUGUUCGCAUUCGGGCAGGCUGAGGCGGCCAAGCGUGGGCUGCUGCUGGUCGACACCAAGUACGAGUUCGGCAAGGACUCCUCCGGCACCAUCCGCCUGAUCGACGAGAUCCACACCCCCGACUCCAGCCGCUAUUGGCUGGCCGACACCUACGCGGCGCGCCACGCGGCGGGCCUGGAGCCGGAGAACAUCGACAAGGAGUUCCUGCGGCUGUGGUUCAGGGCAAGGUGCGACCCCUACAACGACGCCGUGCUGCCCGAGGCGCCCGCCGAGCUGGUGGCCGAGCUGAGCAAGCGCUACGUGUACCUGUACGAGCGCAUCACGGGGCAGCAGUUCGCGGUGCCCGACCUGGAGCAGCCGGUGGGGGAGCGCAUGCUGGCCAACCUGAGGGCGGCGGGCAUCUGCUAGGGGAGGGGGGGGAAGAAGAAUACCC